AUGAGGGCGCUGCCCAGACGCAGGUGCUCGUCUCCCCUGCUGGUGUUCCACUGUCGCCGGCACGCGCCACGGAAGACUCAUUUCCGGGAUUCCCCUCUCGUUGCUGUAGCCAUCCGACGCGUCACGCAGGCCGCGCCCCCCGUGCCUUCAGGGAUACCCCCAAGAGUGACACGCCGUCUUCCUGGAGGAAAGACGGAGAAAAGACUUCGGCAGGAUCCCAGCGGCACGAAUCAACAGAAUGAGGGAGUAGGGGUAAAUGCUACAAGUGGGAUUCCUCCGGUGUCACCAUUAAUUAUGCCAUGGUUCCUCAGUGCGCCCUGGGUUCCGAAGUUUGCUGGGGAGCGGCAGAAGUUUGGGGAAUGGCAGACCCAGACGAGAGCCAUGCUACGUGCCCAACCCCUGAAUGCCCAACAGCAAGUUGACUUUGUCUUCAGCACACUAGACGGGGACGCCAGACGGGAAGCAGCCCUGCUGUCAGACGCAGAUCGUCGUAACGGGGAGCGAGUCAUCACAGCCCUGGAAAAAAUAUUUGGAGAUACAGCCUCCAAUGCCCAGCGACGCGGUGAGUUCUAUAAAUGCCGACAAGCUGCAGAUGAGCGCACCAGUUCGUUUAGCCUUCGACUGCGGGAGUGCUACGCUAAGUGGCGUGCUGUUGAUGGAGAGGCACACAUGGAUGAAGAUGCUCUCCUCCGAGACCAGUUCAUUCUCGGCCUCCGGGCUGGGUCUGUGAGACAAGAAUUGCAGCGGCUGCUGCGAAGAGACGAGCAGCUAACCUUUCCAGCUGCCCAACGGGAGGCUCGGGCAUUAGAAAGAGAGCUGGAUGGGCCCUCCAUUGAAACGCAAGUCCAUGCUGUGCGGAACCAGGGUGGGCCUUCCCCGGCCAGGAGUGAGCGGCAGUCAGACCUGGAAGAACUUAGAGAAAGUUUGAGAACCGAACUCCGAAGUGAGCUGACAGCCCAACUGAAGACCCUCAGUAGCCAAAUAGUGGAGGAACUGAGAAGCCAGACACCGUACGGACCGACCACAGUAACUCCAUCAGCUACCCCCAGGGUGCACCACGCAGUACCAAUGGGACGUGCAGGGCCGCCCUGUUUGCCGAGAUUGUGGCGCAGUAGGCCAUGUUCAACGGUUUUGCCCCAGACGACGUCAACAUCAGGGUUUUUAGCUACCCCCGUCACGGGGGAAAGAGUGACGGGGGUGAAUGAGACAAACGAUGGCCCAUCGUCCAAACCUACUUUAAUAGGUUCUCAGGUUACCCUCUUCAGUGAGAGCCUCUUCAAGAAUCAGCUCCAAGACUCUGUCCUCAACACUGUCGACAAACCUGGCUGGCUGACACUGAAGGCUGCCAACGGGCUCCAGAUCCCAUAUAUCGGCUAUGCCAUUCUAGAUUUUAAGGUAGGUGGAAUACGUAUUCCAAAUAAAGGGGUUAUCAUCGUAAAUGACCAGUGUUUGGGUAGCGACAGGGCAGUCCUAGGGAUGAAUGUCAUCACUGAGUGCUGGCGAGAAGUGAUGCAGGGGAUUCACCCCGGGGUGGUGGCCUUCCAGGCUACAGUCGCUCCAGCAGCAGGCACACUCUGGAAGAAGGCUUUUGCAGUAUGUAGACAAGUCCAACAGAAGGGACCAACUGCCUUGGGGAGGGGGGUCGCCAAACUAACUAGGCAGUCUCCUGUUGUUAUUCCCCCACGAACAGAGAUGAUUCUGUGGUGUCAAGUAAGUGACACCAUCCCUAGGACUAAUUGUGCUGUGCUGAUAGAACCACUGACGGAGGAGGAGGCUGGCUGGAGGGCAGCCCACACGCUUGCGGAAGUCCAUGCUGGGCAGGUUCCCUUGAGGUUUUGCAACCCCAACCCUUUCCCAGUGGAGGUCCCCCAACGCCGCUCGCUGGCCACCGUAACCCAAAUUUUGCCAGAGGACAUUGCCGGACACAAAGAUCUCGUGCUGACUCCUGGCCCCUCGGGAGAAGUGGAAGUCGGUGUCAGCACCAUACUCACCAACCCCUCUGCUCUGCCAUCGGUACUGGGAGAACAAGGAGUGGAGUUGGACCAUGAGCAACGCCAGCGUCUCCACCAACUCCUAUCGAAAUGGCAGCCAAUCUUUGCACAACAUGACGAAGACUUUGGCCGUACUGAUGCUGUGAAGCAUCAGAUUCCUACAGGAACGGCACCCCCUAGCCGGGAACGCUAUCGACCGGUGCCACCAACACUGUAUCCAGAGCUGAAGAGCUUGCUGAAAAAUAUGCUGGAAGGAGGAGUCAUCAGGGAAAGUUCCAGUCCGUGGGCGGCUCCCAUUGUACUGAUUAAGAAGAAAUGCGGAUCGUGGCGCUUCUGCGUAGACUUCCGGAAGUUGAACUCGGUGACUCAUAAAGAUGCAUAUCCACUCCCCCGGAUUGAGGAGUCGCUGACCAGUCUAAAGGGUGCCCAGUGGUACUCCACCCUAGACUUGGCCAGUGGCUAUUGGCAGGUAGAGGUGGACGAGCGUGACCGGGAGAAGACGGCGUUUACCACCCCCCUAGGUCUUUUUGAGUUUGAGCGUAUGCCGUUUGGCCUUUGCAACGCCCCUGCUACGUUCCAACGGCUUAUGCAGCGCUGCCUGGGGGAGUUUUUAAAUGAAUCUCUUUUAAUUUAUCUGGACGACGUGAUUAUUUAUUCGUCCAGUUUUGACCAGCAUCUUCAAGACCUGGACAGAGUCUUCCAGCGACUACAAGACCACGGACUCAAGCUGCAGCCCCGGAAGUGCAGACUAUUUCAGAAACGUGUCUCGUACCUGGGUCAUAUUGUAAGUGCGGAAGGAGUGGCCACCGACCCAGAGAAGACGGCUGUUGUCCAGGCAUGGUUAGCACCGCAGAAUGUUCGCCAGGUUCGUUCAUUUCUGGGUCUGGUGGGGUAUUACCGCCGUUAUAUUCCUGGGUUUGCCAAGAUCGCUGCCCCCCUCCAUGGCCUGUUGCAUGGCACCACGACCACCUUUAAGACGGCUCCAAUCCAGUGGACAGCAGAAUGUGACCGGGCAUUCCGAAGGUUGAAGGAAGCCCUGGUGAGCCCACCCAUCUUAGCCUAUGCCGACUUUACUAAGCCAUUCCGGCUGUACACCGAUGCAAGUCUGGAGGGUCUAGGGGCGGUACUGGCUCAAAUCCAGGACGGCACAGAGAGAGUAAUCGCUUACGCCAGUCGAAGCCUUCACUUCCGACCUUUUCAGACAGCUGUGUCUCCUCUAUGGCUGCCGAACAAAGCGCACCACGGCAUACCAUCCACAAGCUGCGACCAGGCCAGCCUGUGUACCUCAUACGUCCGGAAGGAACCAAAAGAAGGCCAGAUUCCUUCUGAAUUAAGUUCGGCCCAGCACCACUACAGGCUGGAAGCUCCGAGGUACAGACCCUUGGUGUUCUGGAGGACCCAGCUUCCCACGGGGACAGAAAGGACAAUACCAGACCCCUCGACCCAAGCAGAGGCCCCCCGGCCAGCUGACAUGACGACCAGCUCCAACCAAGCCGAUGGUCUGGGAGACCACCUAGGGACUGUCACGCCACUACAACAGGGGCACCAAGAAGACUCAUACCUCCCUGACCAGGCAGAAGCCCAGGAAAUACGUCGCUCUCAGCGAAGCACACAGGGCACCAGGCCACUGAGGUACCAGUAG